AUGUCGGUGUCGCGCUACAGCUUCGGGUGGUAUCCCAACAAGGUCCUUGCGCUUGUCAAUGCGAUUCAGCAGGUUGGCUGGUCAGCCGUAGGCGCUAUCACAGGUGGUCUUGCGCUCAUUGCCGUUGCCGAUGGCAAUAUCUCCGUGGCCGUGGGUAUCAUUAUCAUUGCCUCGGCGGCCUUGGUCAUUGG